AUAUGCUAUUUUAUUUUCUUAACAAGGAGUAACGAUCAACGCAUAAAGCGUAACAUAAGCAAAUCGAACAUAAAAAAUUGGCCACUGUCAGAGGGACACAAUACCAUUCCCACGAUCAUUAUUCUCUCUGUUGAAUAUUACUGUUUGCAGAACAGAAUCUAAUAGCAUCCUUUUCCCCGUGUCAACUUUUUGGCUUAUUCUAUUCUUUUAUUCAUCCCCAACUAUCUUUUUCUUCUGGGUCAUGGUUGGAACUUGGAACAAGAUGGCACUUACUUUAAGGGAAGAAGAUGCAUCUCACUGGGUGUACAGAGGAGAAGGAGCUAUUAAUCUUGUUCUUGCAUACACUGGAUCCUCUCCUUCUUAUAUUGGGAAAGUGAUGCGCAUACGUAAGGCUCCUAGGAGUGGCUCACAGUCAAAGGGUGUGAGGAAUGGCAUAGCUUUGACCCCAUAUGAACGCCUCCUUUGGAAAGAUGUUCAUGAACUUAUUGCUUCUUCAGACAAGGAAAUUGCUGGCCAGCUAUAUGUUCAGCAUGUUAUGAAGCCCUUGCUUGGUUCCAAGUAUGUUGAUGCUGGGAUGCAUGUUCUGGUGACCAGGGAAUUCCUUGAAUUGGUUGAGAAGAAUGUCAUUAGUCAACGUCCUGCGUGGCGAGUUGAUGCUGCCCGGGUUGAUACACAUUGUGAUUUUGGCAUUCUCAUGUCUGAUCAUUCGCUCUUCACUCAUGAUAUUCAAGGAUCUAGCCCCUGUAUAUCUGUUGAGAUAAAGCCCAAAUGUGGAUUUCUUCCACACACAAGGUUCAUAUCUGAAGGAACCGCCAUCAAAAGGAGAAUAACUCGAUUUGAAAUGCAUCAAGCUCUGAAAUUGCAUCAAGGAGAGAUAUCACAGCAAAGUGAGUACAAUCCGCUUGAUCUGUUCUCUGGAUCCAAGGAAAGAAUUCAGAAAGCUAUUAAGGGUCUCUUUACAACUCCUCAAAACAAUUUUCGUGUAUUUUUGAAUGGCUCUCUCAUACUUGGAGGACUGGGAGGUUUUGCAAAAAAUACUGAUGUAUGUAUUGCUGAAGUAUUUGAAGAUGAACUUAGGUCAGUCAUUCAAGCUGAUGAUGGUCAAUGUACAGAGAAUUUAUUUACUCUUGCUGCCGAUGCUUUUCAAAAGUCAGGCGUCCUUGAUAAGCUCCUGGAGGUUCAGAAGCUUGAUGAUGUUGACAUAGAAGGAGCCAUCCAUGCAUAUUAUGACAUUACUUCUCAACAGUGCAUGGUGUGUGGAGAAUUAAGUGAAGAACAGGCAAAAAGAUAUUCCUCUUUGCAUUCUGCUUCAUUGGAUGAAAGCUUGAGAAUUGUGAAGGACUACCUGAUAGCAGCAACUGCAAAAGACUGCAGUUUGAUGUUGUGUUUUAGGCCAAGGAAUGAGGAAGAUUCCGGAUCUGUAUACAAUAAUGUAUAUCUUGAGUCAACUAAGCAAGCCUUCGAUUUUAAGGCUUUUUUUAUCGACCUUGAUUUAAAGCGUUUGAGUAAAAUGGAAGAAUACUACGAGUUAGAUAAAAAGAUUGUGAGCUGCUACAGACAAAUGAUCGAAACGAAUCAAGGAAGAAAUGAAGUGACAAACUUGCAGGCUUCUAAAGCUGCAUACUGAUUUUUAAUAAAUUUUAGAGUGUUCUUUUCUUCCUUCCAAAAUGUUGUAAAACUAGUUGAAAGGUCAAAAAGGUGAUUGUAGAAAUCGCUCGUAAUUUGGUUCAUUACGCUCCUCACCUUCUGCACUACACUACUAUAAAUUUUUGUAUGUUGGGGCUAUCAGAUUCCCGUUUAUAUAGCCAUUUGUGUUUAUAUUUUUAAUAUUUUUCUUUUCCUUCUUAUUUGUUACCUCUUGAAAUAUGAUAUCUUAUAU